ACGUUUACGAUCUUAUGUAUCAAAAAAAUCUAAAAUAGUAUCGUGUUUGAUUAUUAAUUUGUGAAUUCUAUAUUUCAAUUUUUACUGUUUUAAAUGUAAUGAUCUCAUGUGUUGUUUUUAAUCUUAUUUUACAUGAAUUUUUUUAACUUACAAAAUUACAAUGUAUCCUUGAUAUUACCCUAAAUUAAGAGUUGACAUACUCAAUUAUUCAUUUAUAUCUUAAUUCAUAUUGGUGAUCACAUUACAAUUCAUACAAUAUGGAUGACGAAGAAGUAAUUUGGCGUAAGCUGCUCAUUGAUGGUGAUGGAAUUGGCGAUGAUAGGCGUUUAAAUGUUUUGCUAAAAACAUAUUUAAAGUGGUGCAACACAAAAUACACAGAUCCUCUUGAAAGUCAAAAAGCUAUGGAGAAGAUGUUGGUUCACCUCAAUUUGUGUGAACAUGCUAUGAAGAAAUCUCAAGCUGUUUCACGUAUGAAUGUAGAAGAAAUGUUAAUGUAUGACAACAUGUCUAGUGAAAUUGAUCACAAUAUAACAAAUACAAAAACCGAGAUAGAUCGCGCAAAAGAAGAAUUAAAAAAAGCCAAAACCAUCAGACGAAAUCGAAUGGAGUAUGAUGUUUUAGCCAAGCUCAUUAUUCAACACCCUCCUAGAACUGAAACUGCUAAACGUCUUGAUGAUUUGAAGGAUGAACUUCAAGCAUUAAAAAUGACAAAAAAUGAAAUAAAUCAAAAACUAGAUAAAAGAAGAAAACAACUGCAUGUACUCAUGUCUGCAUUAAAUGACUUAACAGAUAGUUUAGAUGAUAGUGGCUCGAUGAGUGAAGAUAUGUCGUAUGAGACCUUUGAUGAUGAAGAUCUUGAUAUAUUGACAAGAAAAGAUGAUGCCGAGGAACCAAUGUCUGAUUAAUCAUUAAAAAAAAAAAUAAAACUAUUAAUAAAUGCCCAAUAAAAUGUUUUAUAUUAUUAGUAUCAUGAAUCAACAAUAAGAACAUACUUUAAAUAAUUUAAUACACUGUUCAAUAAUAAUUUAUUUAAAAUAAUGAAUUGUGCAAUUUAUUUUAUACUUUCAUUAAUUUUACAUUAUAAACAGAUAGCUGAACAUA